AUGUGGAGUGCUGCUGUUGAUUUUGUUAGAACGAUUUCAGACCGCAUCACGGGUGCUCUGUUAGGCACCCAAGCACGUAUCAUUGAGUUCUUCCUUAUUUGGCAGUAUGGAAAACAAGUUGAGGGACAGCGUAGAAUGCGACUCCGUCAUCUUCGACAGCAGCAGCAGCCUGCGGCACGUAACUCCCAAAGCACAGACUCACCUCGGACAUCACAUUCAGAUGACGGAGAGGUGGAUCACAGGCAGGCUGUGGCGGGUUUGACUCUUCUCGGCCAACGUGUGCCGAACCUCAUGGGCGGUUAUUAUCGCCAAAAGCUGCAGUCAGUCUAUGGAAGGCCGUUUUCUAUGCUUGCCGAGGUGAAGCGGCGGAGGGAGCAAAUCACCGAGGAUGUCUGGUUGUACCGCCUCAACGUGCGCACUUCACCAACGACAAGGUCGGUCGAAGGAAGCACAGUGUCCGCCACGGCGUCUCAUUCAGGCCCACACACGAAAAAUGCUCAUGCACAGUCGUCUGAAUCAGACGAUAUCCCCCUCUUGGUGUGGCUAGUGAUGCCAUGGGAAUGUGAGUCUUCUGUUACCUUGCGUUUUGUUUUUCGGUUAGCGUAUUCUUUGAGUUGCGAUGCUGUCCUUGUAAAAGUUCCGAUGGAUGGUACUAGUGGACCCUCGGAGACAGUCAAGCUUCUCUUUGAUGCGCUAAAGGCUGGAAAACGUAAGACACAUGCAAGACGCAUUCUCAUUGGAGGAAGCGAACUUGCGGCGAUGUUUGUGCUUCUCCUGCUGGAACGUCGCUGUCCUUUGCUUCAGGUAGGUGCUUACGCGGCAGCAGACCCGGAGGUGGCGCGACGUGCAUUUUGUCAGGGGGUGAUUCUUGUUGACCCCUUUGUUGGUUGGGAGACGUCUGUGCCCCCGCGUCCGACCACCACAGGCCGCUCGUCUUCUCGUGGGAACGCUGGUUAUUUUGAAAGCCGUGGCCGGCCUCCACCAAAUGCGGGAGAUGUGCUCUCAGCGAAGGAUCGCUUCAAGCAGGUGGUGCUCAGCAGCAGCGGCGGUUGUAUCCAGCAGUGGUUUCCCUCACCCAUAACGUAUGAGGCACCUCCCAUAGUUGUACUUGUGGACGAGGGAGGAUUCUGGCUGCGGGAGCAGUGUGACUUCAAUGCGCGAGUGGAUCGUUGUGGCGCUGAGGAGAAUGGCGAGCGGGUCUUUUUUCUCCCGUACACCAUUGAGAGGGCAGCCGCAGGGACGUUGGUGUCGUUAAGCUGCCAAAUGGAAAUUGAGCGGUUGUGUCGCAUGGUGGAGAAAUUUCUUGGGGAACUUCUUCAACGGAAAGAACCAAGCACAGCUUCAACGUCGUCAGGCGACUGUCAGCAGCUCCGCAGGGACGAUGGGGAGGUACGAUCACGCCUAAGUGAGGGGGAGGCAACAUUUCUUGCUGGAUUUGUUGCCUAA